AUGAUCUUCCAGACCUUCCGUCUGCAAGUCGCUCCAGGAGCCCUUCGCCUCGAACCUGUCAGGAUGAAGCAGAAGACGCUCGAAUGGGCUGGCCAUCCCGCCAACUGGUGCACAGCCUGUAUGGGCGAGUUGCCAGAAACACACGAGGACCUGCCUUUCGGCUUGCUCACCCUCCCUUCCGAACCUGCGAUGAAUGCCGCUGGCCGGACUUCAGACCACCCGUUCAAAGACCUUCGCUCGGCCCGUCGCGUACGCCAGCGAUCUAAGAGAUACCCUGAGCGCAUCUACAGCGGUAACAAGCGUCGUCGCAACGACCGAUAUCGCCUCGCACGAGAAAACCAGCUUCGGCACGAGUCCAAACAGGCAGACAUUCAGGAAUGGGAGGACGAUUGUUACGACAGAUGGGCACAUGAAGUAGACAUGGAGCAUAUGGACGACAUAGAAGCCUACGAACUCUUUGGCAAGAAUGCCCAUAUCUUCGAAGGCACAACCACCGGAGACAUUACAACAGGCGAGGAUUUUGGCACCUGGGCCCGGCGUCGCAUCGCAGAGAUGCGGCACGUCAAGGAACACCGCAUACAUGCAUACGGCAAACCCACGAGCCCAGCGCCGCUGGUCAUCCUCCCACACACCAUGCGCGACACCAGGCGACCCGGUCGCGUCAGCGCCACCAUCCCCACCGCGCCUUUCGCAAACCCCCACGAAACAACCCUACCCACCUCUCUCUCCGAGAUUCGCGCCCACGCCACACUAGCCUGCAUUCUCACACCUCCAAAAAUCCUCAAACAACGCUGUCGUAGCCGCAACGAACCCGCUCUACCCGUGAUACCAGGCUUCUGGUGGUGGGGCGACGAUCUCAGUGACUGGGGUGAUGACUCGCAAGAUGGAUAUGUGAUACUGGGGGAAGAGCAGGAUGGAAGUGAGACAUGGAGUAUUGUUGUUGGAGUAGACGAGGAUUGCUUUGAUGCUCAUGACAUUGUACGCGUUGGUCAGAAAGCAUAG